AUGCUUAUUGAGGGUUAUUUCUUUCUAAUUUCUAAAAAUAAUCCCUCCAAGGAGUCCAACAUGGAAGAGUUUAAAGAUGCAAGUCCACCUGAAGAAUUACUUGAUCACUUAAAGCUUUCUGAUCAGAAGUCUUCAGAGACUGACCCCAAAGAUGCACAGAAUCCCCAAAAUAUUGAAAGUGGAUAUGCACCAUCUUCAGCCAAAGAUCCCACAACAGCAGAUGAGUGUUUCCAUGACUGUCACGACUCCUUUGAGGCAAAUGAACCUAUGCUGGAUGAUGAAGGGAAUUUACGGAAUGAUGAGAAUAGCUCAAGGAAGCAGACAGAACUAGAUGAAGAAUACUUACUAGAACUAGAAAAAGAUAUGCCAGAGGAAGAAAAACAGAAAAGAAGAAAGGAGAGCACAACGCUGAAGGAGAAAGGAAAUGAGCAGUUCAAGAAAGGAGACUAUGGAGAGGCAGAAGGCUCUUAUACGAAGGCUCUGCAGAUUUGUCCAGCCUGCUUCCAAAAAGAUAGGGCUGUUUUGUUUUCAAACAGAGCUGCUGCAAAAAUGAAACAGGACAAGACAGAAGCUGCCCUAAGUGACUGCAGCAAAGCAGUGGAAUUAGAUCCUAACUACAUUAGAGCUUUACUGAGGAGAGCAGAACUAUAUGAAAAAACAGAAAAACUAGAUGAAGCUCUGGAAGAUUAUAAGGCAGUCCUAGAAAAAGACCCAUCAGUUCAUCAAGCCAGAGAAGCUUGCAUGCGAUUACCUAGACAAAUUGAAGAGCGGAAUGAAAAAUUAAAGAAAGAAAUGUUAGGCAAACUGAAGGAUCUUGGGAAUUUGGUUCUCCGCCCCUUUGGCCUGUCAACAGAAAAUUUCCAGAUAAAACAGGAUUCAUCAACUGGUUCAUACUCCAUCAAUUUUGUUCAAAAUCCAAACAACAAUAGAUAACAUUAAUUCAAUCUAGUUCUGCUGGCUUUCAGGCUUCGUGACCGUGUGCUUGCACGUACCAAUAAAAGGAUUCAGCAAACAUUCUUCACGCUCCCCAAGUGAAGAUAAGACUCAAGCAUAUUCAUUUCCCUGCUUGUGAAAUUAUUUACAAUAUGGAUGUAAAGCAAGUCAUAUGACUUCUCUUAGUGAUAGCAGUGCCCAGUGUGUG